CAAGUGUAAAGGGUAUAAAUUGGCAUGACUACAAAGACAAGGUCUCUUUCUACGCUCUUUCUAUGCUCUUUCUACGCUCUUUCCACGCUCUCAUCUUCAUCUCACCAAGAUACUAAGCCUACAGUACCUUUUAUCACCAUUUGUUCCAGCAUUGGUAUUGUAUGAAUUGAUAAUUUGUCAUCGAAUAAACCUAAUUAAUAGACUUUGAAGCUGUGGUCUUGAUUGCUGUUUGAUCACUGGAGAAGCUUAGAUAUUCAAGACAAAGAAUAUUCUAACAAAUUGACGAGCCAGCCAGUCUUUAGUCAGUUUUCUACGGCGAGCCUUUACUGCACGUUUGUUUUUGACUUUUCCUCUUCCGACAAAGGGGGGAUAGUGUGCAGUUGUCUGAAGAGAUCAAAGAGAUCCUCUGACUAAAAACAAAAAACCUAGCAGUGUGAUCAGAAGAAAGUGUAAUUGAACACUACCAGACCAUUACCAGACCACGUGGUGAGAAGGAAGAGCAUUCCAGAACCGUGUAUCGUAGUGAGAGCAGACUGAGCAAGCAACUGAUCUACGGUAAGUAUGGAUUUUAUUAAUACUUUGUCUUCCGGAAGUAAACUUGAAUUUACGUUUGUUCCUUAUACGGCUAGUGAUUCAGCUUUGUGGCAUGAUUUAUGGCGUCAAUGUGAAGAUGCAAAUAAGAAGAUAGACAAAAAGAUAUUUUCUGUGAAUAAGGAGAAACAAAAGUUGAGGAAUGUAAUGAAGAUGAUUAAGAUUUUUAAUACAUUACUUGAUGGUGGUGAUAAUCUGACUAAUAAUGAUGUUAGUCAAAGUAAUUCACAGAGUAGUGACAUGGUUAAAAAUGAGAUGCACAAUGUGUGUGCAAUAGAAAAGGAAUGUCCUAAAUGUGAUUUAUUAACUGAAGAGAUCUCUGAUUUGUCGGAUUGCUUAGAAAUUAAGAAUUUGUUAAUUACAAAAUUGCAGAAAGACUUGAAACAAGUUUGUGUAAUUACAAGGGGAGAUAGACAAAGACACAGCUUAAUUCCAGAAAAUGUAGAGGAUGAACCAGAGGUCAGUUCAGAACAGGAACUGCAAAGGAAGAAGCUUAGAAAUAAGGCAGCAAAACUAAAAUUACAGAUUCAAAGCGAAUUAAUGAAAUUACUUAAAGAAAUACCGCCGUAUAAUUCUAAUUUGGAUGCAUUUGGUAAUGCAGAUGUAUUUGAAUCGAAUACAGAGAAGCAUAAUUUGAAUAAUGAACAAAGAAACAGAUUAUUUAAAAUUUGGUUACCUACGUACAUGAGUAGAAGGUUAGUAGCUCCAAUAAGUGCUCCUAUAGUGGAGGAUGAUGAAAUCAUCCAUGGAACAGAUAAGGAUAGACUCCAACAGUUGAUUAAGUUUACAACUGGAAAUGAAAAUCCAACACUUGACAUACUAGAAAACCUGAAACCUACAAUUUCAGAGGAUCCAUUUUCUUUCUUGUUAAGAUUUGAGCAGGCUUACAGAUUCGUUUUUAACAUUUCUGAUGAUGAAUGUCCUGCCUCUAUGAUUCAAGUUUUUGUUAAAAAGUUUAACUACCUGGAUCCUACUAGCAUAGCAAUUGCUUCUGAUAUGCAAACACUUGAGGAUGCUGCUGCAUUUAUUGAUAAAAUCAGGAGAGAAUGCAGACAUGAAGGGGUUAAAAUGAAUGUGUCUGUAGUUAACAUGGUUAAUAGCAAGAAUAUAGGUAGAAAGGAGAGAUCACAUUUCAUUCACCCCCCUUCUCCCCCUCAGGAAUUUAAACAUACCCAGAUGCAGAAUCCCAGGGGACACAGGUUUUGGAAUAAAGAGUCUUUUCACUGUUUCUAUUGCAAGAAACUGGGACAUUUUAAAAGACAAUGUCGCAAAUUUCUCUAUAAUAAAAAAUUAUACAAAUGGAUUUGUUUACAGUUCAGAUCCAAAUGUAUAUACUAA